GGGGGGACGCUUGUAGAAAAUCUGACACGGUAGCUUCAGCAGUGUAGCUGCCAGGCAAUUACUGCAGCGGAGUAUCGAGAGAGGUUGGCUACAGAAACUAACCAAAACGGCCGUCCAGGACCAGAACCGUCAAUCGGGUUUAUGAGUAAAGGCGAUCGAUCAGUUUGUCGUUAACCUUGAGAAGAAGCGUGGAAGCGUAAAUCACCGUCAGCGUUUUUUAAACUUGUUAUCGGCAACAUGGCUGAAUGUAACGUUAGCAUCGACAAGAAUAAUCUACCUGGAGUGAAAGAGGUGUGCCGAGACUUCGCUGUGCUGGAGGACCACUGCCUGGCCUACAACCUCCAGGAACAAGAAAUUGAGAGCCACUUGGCGUCCAAUGUCCACAAGAGCCGUCUGGUGCAGAAGGACCUCCAGGUGGCCAAGAAGCUGCAGGAGGAGGAGGAUAAGAGGGCCAAAGUCCAGAGCCAGAAACAGCAUGUUGAAAUUCCUUCUCUCUAUUCUGAAGUGUUUAUUGAAAUAAAAGAACAACUGGUCCGACAGGCAGAACAACAGCGGCAGCAGGAAGAAAAGGAUGCGGCCAUUGCACGUAAGCUGCAGGAGAAGGAGAUGAAAGAGGAGAGGAGGAGACAGAAGCAGCUAGAAGUGAACUUUGAGGAAGAGUACUUUGAGGAUCACGGAGCUGCAAGAAAACCCCUCGACUUGGAUGAACACACCCGUCACCAUGCUCCAGCGAGCUCACACCGUGAUUACUCCCCAGAUUAUAGUUCAACAGAGCCCAAAAGGAGCAGGUACCCAAGACAGGACCCAGCAGCACCCCACAGCCACUCCAGACACCCAGAGCACUAUCUGGUGGCGGAGGGAGGGCAUAGCAGGCAUGCAGAUCCCUACCCAGAGCACCUGCUGCCCUCCGGAGGUAAACAUGGGGACAGAUACCCAGAGUAUGAACUCUCAAAGACUGACAGAGCUAGAGGCCCAGAGGGGGAGUACACGGAGAGAGCAGCAAGGAGGAAGGAGAAACCAACCAGACCAACUCCACCGCAGAUCAUCAUAGAAAGAGACGAGGCCUGGGACAGAGAAAGGGACAAGCAACGUGACCGAGACAGGGACAAAGACCAGGAAUGGGAGAGGCAUGCAGGAAAAAAUCAAAGGAGUAAAAGGGAGCAGGACCUCAGAGCAGGAACAGGAGGAAGAGACAGGGAAAGAUCCAGAGAUAGAGGACAGAGUAUGGACAGACUCGGAGACAAACAGAGACAGAAAGACAAAGACCGGCAACGAGCACGAACCAGGAGCAGGGAGAGAGGAUCUGAUGGGGAUUAUUUGGAGCCAGGUCGCAGCAGGGACUGGCCGAGGGAGACCCGGUCUUCCUGGGAUGAGGAAGACAACAGUGGUAAGAGGGAGAGGAGGGCCAGGGGCCGGCAGCGUGUCCACUCCGGCCCUGAAGAGGUAUUUGACGAGCCCAGCAGCACUGAAGGGAGAGGGGAUGCCAGAGGAUUCUGGGACCCUCAGCAGGGGGAGGGCCCUGGCAGGGAACGCAGUUACACUCAGCCCAGCGGAGAGACAGGUCGUAUUGUGCACCGAGGGAGUGGAGCAGUAGUAGCAGAAACGGAGUAUGAACUGAGCGAGGCCACCAAGGGCCUGACUAAGCUGGACCUCCGUGAGCUGGAGCUAAAGGACAUGGAGGUGGCCAGGAAACUUCAGGAGGAGGAAAUCAAGGCAAGCAAGAUGCAUGCGCAUGCAGCCCAAGUGGCCAAGGAUGAGGAAUAUGCCCGGAGGCUGAUUGAGCAAGAGAAAAAGGAGUACAGGAAGAAUCGAGAACGAGAGAAAGAGAAGGACCGAGAGAGGGAGAGGUUGCCCAAGGACAGGAUGGAAAUGGAAAGGAGGUGGCAAGACAGAGACCACAGGCCAAGUUCGGAGGAAGUCGUCCGGCCAAGAACACGAGAGGACUAUGAAUACCAGAGGCAGAGAAACCAAACCAAGCCUGCCAGGCCUCCUCAGCCUCCUAUACAUGACUAUGAGAAUGUGAGCGCUGGCUAUGGCUACUCAGACUACCCUCCCCCCCCUCGCGCUCCCACCAGACCUGAGGCUGCUUACAAAGGUGCCUAUUACAAGCGGUGACUCAGGUUGUCAUGUCCAGAUAUGCUGUCAGUGAUUCUUCAUCCUCCUUUAUUUAAAUUUUAUUUAUCUUUUUAUUUUCAACCAUUCACACUCACAAAAGCCUUGGGACAAUCUAAUGAGUUGGCAAUGGGACUUUUUUUUUUUUUUUUUUUUUACCUUCCAAAGUUGUAAGUGCUGGAGCCACAUUCAUGUUUUGUUUUUUGUUUUUUGUAUUUGUGAAUUGUGAUUUCUUUACACUGACUUGGUAUCCAGACAUGCCAAAAGAGGAGCCUUGCGAGAUGAACUCCCGUGUAUUUUUGCUGUUGAAACAGAUGUACUGGCUCUCCUCCUCCUGUGGUCAUCAUGUUGAUGUUCGUCCUGCCUCGGACCAUGCCAAUACAAGGGCUCAAGGCCUCUGCUGGAUAUAACCAUGCAAUCCCAACUUUCCUCAUGACUGUUCAUCGGACGUGCCUGUCUGCGCCUACAUGGCUGCUACAGUGUCUUAGAUACCAACAUGGCAGCUGCUCUGUCACGCCCAUGCUGCAGCUCUGUUCUCUUGUCUUGCUGAGGCUGCACAGUCCCUGUCCAUGUGCCACACAGCAUAUAACUGUGGGGUGAGGGAUGCAUUUUUGUUGCUGUAUUCAAAGAAGAAAAAAAGAAUCUUUUAUCAAGAUGCUGGUAGUUUUGGCUUUACCGCCUUGUUCCAUUGCGGAGGAGGUGGGGCUUUGUGGUUAUUCAUGAACUUUUAAUUGGCCAUGGGCCGUGGGAUUUUCUAACCCCCUCACCCUUAAACCGAAAGUGGAUGGAUGAUAUUCUGUGUAUGACUCAUUGUUUCUAUGUGCAUGCUUACUGAAAGUGUACAACUCUGUACAUGCAUUUCAACUCUGUAUCAAGCUGGCUGGCUCCCUCUUUACUGUCAGAAAUGGCUACGCUAAUCUUCUUUGUGAAUGCACAAUGCUAGCUCAUAUACUGCAGUACAUUGUAUCUCUUAUUCUGCCACUGUUUCAUAUCGGCUCAUUAUUUACAAACCAAAACUGGCCCAUAAAAGACCCAGUAUCGAAAUGCAUGUACAUUGCUUGUCUGUGUCAAAUUUGGAUUGAUGCUUGUGCUUAUGGCACAGACAUUUUGCAAUUGAAUAUUUGCUCUUGUUUAAUUUAAUGUGAAUGUUUUUUAUUUUGUUUUUUUUAAAACUUGUGCUGCCAAAUCAUGUUCCUCAGUGUUGAGUCUCUCUCUUUGUGUCCCAACAGUUAUCUUUGUUCAGAAAGGGAGCCUGUGGUGGCAUCCACAACAAGCCUUAUACUUAUACAAUAUUUUGUUGGGCCUUCCUCAGUCCCCUGAGUGUUCCUGCUUUCGCUUCCAGUCCUUUUCUUUUUGUCUCAAACAGAAAGGCCAACUUCACUUCCUGCAGGAAAGGGAAACAUUCCCACAACACAAUGUAAUGGGGGAAAUAAAUCACAGGACCAGUGGGGGGGGGA